CGUCACAAAAGCACAAAAAGGGGAGAGGGGGGGGUCGGGGGAUGGAGGUGGCAAUUGGUGAAGAGGGGGAUCGAGGGAGGGGAGGUUGGGAUCGGGGCAGGGAGGUCACAAACAGGGGAGAGAGGUGGGGACUGAUGGAGGGAAGUAGGGGGAGGGAAGCCGAGAUGGUGAAGGAAGUCGGAGUGGGGAUGUUGGGGGAAGGAUGGGAGUCGGGAUGGGAAGGGAAGUCGUGGAAGGGGGUUUUGUGGAGGGAGGGAAGACGGGAUGGGAAGGGGUCGGGGGACGGGGGUCGGGUAAUGGAGGUCGGUGGAGGGAGGUCGGAGCCGGGAAGCCGGGGGAGGAAGGUCGACGGACAGAAGGAAGUCGGUGGAGAGAGGGGGACUUGGGACACGGUGGGGUUGGGGUUGGGGGGGGCGGAGGGGGUGAAUCACUGGAAGGGAGGUGGGGGAGCAAUAGGAGGUUGGGAUCGGGGGAGGGAGGUCGCAAUCGGGGGAGGGGAGAGAGGUGGUGAUCGAGGGAGGAAAAGUCGGUAUGGAGAAAUGGGAUUGGAGAGGGAAGUCGAGAUCGGGGGAGAGAGGUGGGGAUCAACGGGUGGAAGUGGGGGGAAGGAAGCCGGGAUGGGGAGGGAAGUCGGCGGAUGGAGGGAGGUUGGGGGCAUUAUGUACCGGGUGGAGGAUAUGUUUGGCAGGGAGAGGACCGGAGUAGUUUUGUACUGUAGAUAUAGGGAGAUCAUCCUCGAGAUCGGUGCGGAACAUGUGGUUGCUAUAUGCACGGACAACGCGUUAGCCAACAAGGAGGCUUACCAUUUGCUCCGUGGCGACCCUGACGGGCGACUGCGUGACAUCGCGAUGAUUCAUUGUGCAGCUCACUGCUGCAAUCUGAUGUUGAUGCACAUCGCCGGACAGCCGUGGGUCGUGCAUAUGAUUGCAGAGGGACGAGACAUCACAUUGUUUUUUCAGUGCCACGCAUGGGCAGCGAACCUUUUGAGCCGGCAGUCCCCAACUGUCUCAUUGAUCCGACCGGGAGAAACGUGGUAUGGGACCAGUUACAUCAUGCUGCAGGCUGCAGCGCAUGGUGACGUUGCAUCGGCCUUUGGAUGCAUUUGUGAGCGUUGUCGCCUGGGCGACGUCCCCGUGGCUCUUUGCGCUGAGGGACGGCUCAUGCAGGGGGCCAGUCAUCGGGUGUUGCGGGACAUUGCCAUGCGGUGCUUGGGUGUGUGGACCACAGCCUCUCCGUGUGAGAGGAAUUGGUCGACGCAUGACUUCAUUCAAACAAAGAGGCGCAACUGGUUGGGGGUUGAGCAGUUGGAAAAGCUUGUGUUCUGUCAUUGGAACCUCAAGCUUCUCAAGAGCAGUCGCGCACAUGAGGGGUUUAUCGGGGCUGGUUUCCACGGGGUAGGAUUGACCAACGUGGAGAGGAGGGCCGAGGACUUCCCUCGCUACGAGCCAGAUGAGAUGGCUCCCGGGACGUACGUCCCGACGAAGAUCGAGAGGGAGGUCGACCGCCUCAGGAGACAGUCGAGGGGCAAACGCUUGGCGAGGGUUGCAUCAGCGCUGGCCCACCAGAUUCAGCCUUAUCGAGGAGACGGGUUCUUAGAGCGGAAGGCCCCUAUGACUAUGAGCCCUGCAAGUCGGGUGCUCCCGCCACGAGCGGCGGAUGGUGGUGUAGGCGUCCCUGUCGCUAUGCUCGCACCGGAGGCAUGUUCCCACAACCUGCCAGUAGAGGAUGCAGAUGACAUGUUGGUCGGCACCGAUGCAGACGACAAGAGUGUAGGAGGGAGUCACUCAACGCAGGCCGCUCGAUGGUCUACCCCUUCAGGAGAGGCAGGCACGCCUGGUGCCUCGGGAGAUGAGCAGACGUCGCCCACCAGGUACAUGCAGGAUCUUCCUUCCUUUGGUGCACAGUCGCCGGCGUCGGGCGCGGUUGGUGAGACUGGUCCAUCUCCAUGCAUGGCCGCUGACGCCGAGCGCACUAUGACCGUCGCCACCGUUAACGACACAAUGUCUGCGGCUGCCACCUUUUCGAGCCCCUAUCGUGCAGUGGAGCGUUGCGCGUGGCGGUCCCACACCCAUACGUAAAGUAAUUCUUGUGUUGGACCUCACGGUCGCAUCACACCUUAGCGAAAUACCACUCGGAUUCUGCACGCGUGCUAUACCUCU